UUGUAUAUAUUUAAAUUUAUAUGGAUAAAAUAUAUUGAUUUUGAAAACUGAAGUGUGCAAUAGCAAGUUGCAAGAACUGUUAUGCAAAUAACGGAUAUUCGGAUAUAAAAGUUGCCAAAAAAUUGUUAAUUAUUUAUAUUUAUAUGUAUAUGUUUGUGUAUAAAGUAAGAAACUACUGCUGGAUACAUGGCAAUUGCAAUCAUUCUCUUUAUUGGCAAUUAUGUAGUCAACAGAUAUACAUAAAUAUUUUAUUUAUUUAAAUUAAUAUUACUAAAAUAUUAGCAUGCAACAUUAUUCUAUACACUUCAGUAAAAGUUUUUCACUAUAAACUAAUAAAUUAAGUCUAUUUCACGACGUUUACGUUUUUGUUAUGGAUUUACAUGCUGUUCUAUGCUUCUUCUUUUCAACUCAAAGAUAGCGCUUGGCGCAUUCUUGUAUUCUAUCAUUCUUGAACAUACCCAAAAAAUAGAUUGACAGCUGCUGUCAAAUUGUCAUCACAUAUGUAAUUUUAAGCUUAUUGCAUAUAACUUUUGGUGUCAACAUCUAUAUAGGAACUAAAACAAAUAUAAUUGUGCAAAGUUAAAUCGAUUUCGUGAGGAGAACAGAACAACUGCAACGAAGGGAUUUAAAAAGCGUUAAUGAAGGGAUGAACAUAGACCUGGCUUCUCCCGAGAUGAUGGUGUGCGAAACAUUACGCGCCGCCACCGAUCCUAAUCAUGAGGUGGUUCUUAAAGCUGAAUCUCAGUUGGCAGAAUGGGAAACACAACCAGGAUUUUUUGCGACUCUGGCACGUUUUGCAAUGCAUGGUUGCAAUAAUAUCGAGCAACAUCAAUAUCAUAUUGAUUUGAAUGUGCGUUGGAUGGCCGCAGUUUAUUUAAAGAACGGCAUAAAUAAGUAUUGGAGGCGGAAUGCUCGAAAUGAACUCCCUAACGGAGAAAAACAACAAAUUCGUCAGGUAUUAUUGAAAAACUUUAGUACGGAACCAGUGCCACAAGUUGCUUUACAGAUUGCAGUGCUAAUAGCACGCAUAGCACGCAUUGAUUGUCCUCGGGACUGGCCAGAGUUAAUACCUCAGUUAGUUAAGCAGUUACAAAUGUGUGCACAAGGUGAUGGUGAUGCUGGAGAACAACAACGAGUCUUACUUGUUCUACAUCAUGUGAUAAAAGCACUGGCAUCUCGCCGCAUGAUGGCAGAAAAACGUGUUUUUGAAGAACUAGCGGGGAAUUUAUUUAUAUACAUGCAAGAACUGUGGGAUGCUUUUACAACUCUAUUCUUUCAUCAACUCAAAACGGCAUCUAUAAAUGCAAUAUCAACUUUAGAACGCGCACUUUUAUCGAUGCGAAUUUUACGAAAACUUACAGUUUAUGGUUUCCCAAAGCCCUUUAAGGUAGAAUGUUGCAUGCGCUUUCUCGAACAGAUAUUUACGCGACUGAAGCAAUGCUUAGAGUGUCGAUAUGAAUUACAACAUCUUGGAGCUGAAGAACAAUUAAUAAAACUAAUUGAAAAGUUUAUAUUAAAACAAAUGAAGACGCUAACUGAAUUUCAGGAUAUACACUCCAGUUCAUUUGCGCGUUUUGUUCCUGUUGCACUAGAGUUUAGCUUUGAACAUGUCUUCCAUGAAGGUGCACGUCUAAUAUUUACCGAAAACGUCAUAAACUUCAGCAACUUUGGAAUUCAUUGCAUCAAUCUUAUGAAGGGGAUAUUGAUGUGUAGUGCUUAUGCAAAUUCAACAACUACUGGUGAACAACUAGCAGCUGAACAGGACGCAGCUCCACAUAUAGCAUUAUCAGACUUUUUCACAAACGAGCGUCUAUGUUAUAUUUGCGAUAAAGUUAUAACUCAUUAUUUCUUGUUAACGCAAAUCGAGCUUGAUCAAUGGAUGGAAGAUCCCGAGGGCUUCGCACAAGAUGAUGGCGGAGAGAGCUGGAAGUAUGCCCUUCGUCCGUGUAUUGAAUCAUUUUUCCUCACAUGUUUCAGUCAAUACCAGUCUCAAAUGACGUCUGAGGUUGUAAAGUAUAUACGAAAAGCUCAGCAAAUCGAAUUAUCUCCCGCAUCUGAUCUUAAAGAUAUACUUCAAAAAGAUGCCAUAUACAAUUCUGCAGGAUUAGCUUCAUUUCACUUUUUCAAUGACAUUGACUUUGACUCUUGGUUUAGUAAUCAACUAUUGGCGGAGUUGCGGAUUGAAAGUGAUAAUUUUCGAAUUCUUCGUAGAAGAAUUAUAUGGUUGGUUGCAGAAUGGGCGGCUGUUAAAUUUUCAAGAAACUUACGUCCUUUGGCUUACGAAGCAUGCCUGCAUUUACUUCGUGCAACUGAAGAUAUGUCGAUACGACUGGCAGCUUCCCGUACGCUAUCCACAUUAAUUGGAGACUUUGAAUUUGCACCCGAGCAUUUCCUACCUUAUUUAGAACCUUCUUUUAAUGCACUUUUUGUACUAUUGGGAGAAGCUAGAGAAUGUGACACGAAAAUGAAUGUGUUGACCAUAAUGUCGUGUAUUGUAGAAAAGAUGAGUGACAAUAUUGAACCCCAGGCUGACAAUCUAAUAUCGUAUCUACCACUUUUAUGGAAGGAAAGCGAGGACUUUAAUAUGUUAAGAUGUGCUAUCAUAUGCACAUUACAGCAACUAGCAAAAGCAUUGCGUGAUAUACCGGAAUCUAUGAAGCCAUUCCUCUACAAUGUUAUACAGCUCAGCACUAAUCUUCAGGAGCUGUCCCAUAUAUACCUCAUCGAGGAAGGUUUGGCGCUUUGGGUUGCCGUUGUAGAGAACUCGACCGUUAUGUCUACAGAACUGCUAGAUUUAUGCAAAAACCUUCUGCCUAUCAUUGAAAUGUCCUCGGAAAAUUUACGCAUAGUUUUGAUCCUAAUUCAGGCAUACAUACUCUUGAAUGCACAUUCAUUUCUUGAACGCUACGGAAAGGAAUUCGUACAGUUUUGCGCGCGAAUGUUCGAUGAUUUGCGGCCAGAAGGCAUUGCCUUGAUGCUUAAAGUGUUUGAAACUUGCUUGAAGUCAGAUGCAAAUUAUGGAUUGGAAUUAGUACGACCCGCCUUGCCUUAUAUUUUUAAGCAAGUGUACCUGGACAAAGAAUUUCCUAUGCUGAUGUCAAUGUAUUUGAUGAUGGUUGCAAGAGUAUUGCUUAUUAAUCAAUCUGUUUUCACUGCAGUUUUACAGGAAUUACAGUUGCCUAAUGCUUUAGAAACUAUACUUGACGUGUGGAUACGUAAGAUGCCAUUGGUAACGGAAGUAGAAAAACGAAAGCUUUUUGCGCUAGCCUUUGCAUCGAUCUUUACUAAUAAUUCAAUAUUAGUAGAACGGUUUCCAGCAAUUAUGCAAAAUAUUGGAGACACACUUAUGGAUGUGAUGCGAGAGGAAGAUAAUGAAGUGGAUGAUAUCAACAGUUCUGAUAGCGUUGUAAAUACACCGCCUCGUUCAGCAGGCGAAAAGGAAAUCAAAUUCUGCGACUCGUUGGUUUUUCUCGACGAACAUGACUUGGAUACAAGCAAUUAUUGUAUAAUGGACGAUUUUGACUAUAAGACUUAUCAUUAUGAUCGCUGUAGACAGCUAUCUCUUAAAGAUCCAGUACAUAAGAUUGUACUCGCAGAAUAUUUGGAAUGGCAAUUAAAUACACUGCGAAUGCAAAUGGGCGAAGAAGCCUACCAACAACUAAUGCAAUCUGUGUAUUCUGGUGUAUUAGAGAAGAUCGGAAAAUUUGUAAAACUGAAUUUAAAAUUUCAACCUAACUAGCUGAAAAUAUGAUAUAUUUUAUGCAAUAAUACACACAUACAUAUAUACGAACAGCCUUUAACCCAAAGCGUAACGAAGCGAGUCACUAAUUUUCUACUCCAAUUAUAAGCUAAGGCAGUAAGAGCUUUUUCUGCCUCUACUGCCCUUUACGUAUAUUUAACGUAAAAUAAAAUAACUUAACUUGAACAAACUUUUGGUUAUUUUUACAACAAAAUAUUUUUAUAGUUUAACUAAAAUUAGUAAACAAAAAUAAAAAUGCGAUAUAAUUUACAAUUUUUUGUUUUGUUUAACGAAGCAAAGAAUCAAAUAAAAGUUUAAUAAAAUGCAAAACGGCUAUUUUGUCUCAACGAAAGUUAAUGAAUCAAAUGCACCUACCCCCAAAAUGCUAAUUACUUAUAGUAGAAAUGAAAUCCCAAUCAGUGAAGACAAUUCAAUGUUCUAGAUAAAUUUCUUUAUAAAAAUGACGUCGGUACAAAACGAAAUGCAGCGUAAACAUGUAAUCGUUACGGAUCUGGAUCUCUCUGACUGUCAGCAACAGCAAGAAGUACAAGUCUCUCAUGAUUCAAAUCGCAAAGUUCACAAAAAACGGCACUCGGAAAAACAGGUGCAUACCAUUUCGGGCAACUUUAAUCGCCGUUCUCGAUCUGCGGAAAAUCGUUUUCCAGAACACAACUCCAAUAUUAAACAGAGUAUCCGCCUUAACAGUUACUUCAAUGAAGUGCUGCAAUCCAAAGACAAACAAAUGGAAACAUUGUUGCAACGUUUAGCCACCUUGCACAAAUUCAAUGAACAAUUUGACGUACGAAAUAAAGAGCUUCGUUUGCACAUACAUACCUUAGAGGAUCGUAUAGAGAGCUUGCAGUUCGAAGUCGCAAAUUGUAGUCAUUGUCAGGAGCUAAUGCAACAACUCAACAAGUGUUCGAUGGUCAAUCAGACAUUAGCGUCUGAUGUAUCGAUGAUGAAGACUCUUGUGUAUCGUCUUAAUGUACAAAUUGAAAGUUAUCAGGAUCAUUUGCGCCUUUCUAAAGAUGUUACAAACAAUACAAAUAACGCAAGUUCUGAUGGUCUAGUUCCACAAUCGUCUUCUAUUUCAACCUGGGAAGAGAGUGAUAUACGUACACAUACACUUGCGCCCUUGCUACAGUCGUAUGAUGAAAUGAUAAGCGAUAAAGAGCACUUAAUACAACAAUAUAAACAGGAAUUUGAACAUUUCACAGGGGAACUGAAAAGAACACUAGAAGAAAAUAAUAGUCUAUUGCAUCAAAAUGAAAAUUUACGUCAAGAGGUUAGGUCUUGGCGGGAAGAACGUACCCGAUUGCAGGCACAAAUCGACGUCUGCCGCGCGAAAGUCGAAGCGCAAACAAGAAAAUCGGACUUGGCCAAAGAAAAGCUAAUGGAAGUAAUGCAUUGUUAUGAGCAAAAAAUGCAGUCUCUGGUUCUGGACUUGGAACACUUACAAGCGGCUUAUACACGAUGCAAGAACGAGCUAUUGUCGCUCAAAAGUGUUACGCCGCAUGCAACUGAUGGCAUGGAACACGAUUUACAAGAGUGUAAAGCAAUUUUAGAACAGUUGAAAAAACAGCACAAGGACGAAAAACAAAUGCUCGCGAAAUCUGUUGAAGAACUUCAAUUACAACGUAUGGAAGAUAAUAGAAGAAUUUCUGAAAUGAGAAUGGAAAAUAAAACGUUAGAGAAGAGACUGGAUGAGCAGCGUACUGCAGUAGAAGAGUUUCAAAAUAGUGUCUAUUCUCUUCAGAGAACUACCGAAAAAAUUAAGCGCUCUAGAGAUCGGUUGAAGGCACGAUUGCGAAUUGCUUUACAAUGGGCACAUAAAAUGGAGGAAGGACAAGUAAAUAUACAAAGUACAUGGGACGCUCUAAAGCGUCUUGAGACCAUUGUAAAGCAUAAGGAGUCACAAGUGCGUGGGUUGCAUGCCCGCCAUCUGCAAGAGAUCGAAAAAAUGCAAAAGAAACUAUCUCAAAAAGAGGAGACCAUACGGACUAUACUUAAAGGAAAACUCGUUAUCGGCGAUCAUCAGUAGAUAAUAGAUGAAGCGAUAUUUUUCCAUUAGAUAUAAAUACAUGUAAGUGUAUAAGAUAUACAAAUAUAAAUAUAUAGUAAAUGAAAA